GAUCAGAAUUACAAUCACCAACAUGUGAACGGCGACCACAAUGCCUCGAUCUGAUGAGGCAGCGUCAUGGUAUACGAUGGUCUAUAGGGCUGUCCAGCAAGUGCCGUACGGCUCGGUGACGAGUUACGGCCACAUUGCGACUCUAUUGGGGUAUCCGUCCGUUUCAGCCAAGUUGGCAUCUGCCUCAAGUAUCUGCCCAGCGCAGCAGACCAGCCAGACGCUCGCUACAACGGCGACACGGUCCCUUGGCAGCGAGUGAUCAACUCAAAAGGAAUCAUCAGCCAGAGAGGGGCGAAUGGUGCAGCUAAUCAGGAAACCGCCCUGCUCGCAGAAGGAGUGCAAGUUGGCCGUGGCUCCCUAGGCGAACGGACAGUCGACUUCUCCACCUAUGGCUGGUUCCCGGCUGUGCUGCCCAGCGAAGCUGGCGAGGCGGAAGAGGAGUAGGAAGAGCGCGAGGGUGUGAGCGCGAUCAUCCUCGCACAACUCAAGCUCUGUGUCACCGACUUUCUGGUCUUGCCCACGGCCUGUGUGAAGGUGGACGAUGGCCGCGAUGCGUUCACAUCAGCAGACCCAGCACGUCGCCGUACUGCGGCGAAUCAAGGCUGAACCAAAGCUUCACGUGCAAUCAUGGUGGGACAACGCGCUCCGUCCCGAUUUAGACCCGCACGUCAUCGGAGCUCGGCCGCGCGCGUAGGAACCUCACCACUGUGACGGAGCAGACAAAGCCCCAGCAAUCGCAAUCGCUGCCAGGCUGCUCUCGUCACCCCGAGGCAAGCAAGCAUAACAAACAACUGCCGCCGGAUCCGUGCACCAGUCGUACAGCCACGUUCCUGAUAUCUCGCAGCCAUGACGGAGAGCAUGGGC